AUCCUCCAUUCCCUCAUCUUACUCCUAUUUUCACCUCUUAUUCUUCUCCAUUCCCUCAUCUUUCUUCUGUUUUUACCUCUCAUUCUCCUCCAUUCCCUCCUUUUCCCUCUACUAAGAAGAUGACUAGAAAUAGAGCACCGACAGUUUUUCAGACUACCGCGUUGUAAAGCGGAGUUUUAAAAAUAGCGCACAGUGUCCCACAUGUUUGACUGCAUGUAGUUCAAUUUUCUCACAUCCAUUUUGUAAUCUCGAAUAAUUUUGUGGAAAAUGUUGAGUAUUCUAGGCCAAGAUGUGGGGUUCUUCAAAAAUCUCCAUUCUUUGCUGUGCAAACACUUUAGCGAUGCUGAUUUGGACGGAUUUAGUGCACUGAAAACCGACUAUGACCGUUUUGUUUAUAUUCACAAUAAAAUUCAUUCCGACUCUGGUUUGGUUAAUUCAAAGGAAUACACGGAGAUUCUGAAGUCAAGACGUGUAACUGAUUGUAAUAAGAGUCUGGAGAUUGCUAAGCAACUGAAGCAGGAUGGAAAUAAGGCGUUUCAGGCAGACAUGUUCAAAGAGUCUUUUCUGAAAUACUCAAAAGCGAUACUGAAAUGUCCCCAAAAUGAUAAACAGAAUAAAGAAGAAUUGGCAGUGCUGUAUGCCAAUCGUUCAGCUGCCUUAUAUCACCUUGGAGAGUAUCAGAAUGCCAUGCUCGAUAUUGAAAGCGCAUUGAAAUACAAUUAUCCGAAAGAGUUGCAGUACAAAGUGCAUGACAGGAAGGCAAGAUGUCUGCUGGCUGAGAAACGUAACCGUUUGGCUGUGGAGGCGUUUCGACGAACUCUGACCGCCCUGGAUGACGCAAAACUCCCCUUGGAGCGCAAGCAAAAAUGGCAGAAGGAUGUCCAGAUCAUGCUGGCUAUGCUCGCCAAGAACGCCCAACUCAUCAAAGAUGAACCACUGAAACCCGAAGAAAAAGUCGCAGACUGUCCCAAACUGUCGAAAAAGCCAAGCAAAUCUCAUCCAGCCGUUAUUGACUCAAUCCAGUUUAGUAAAUCGGAGAUUGGCGGACGAUUUGCCGAAGCCCAACAAGAUAUCAAGGCUGGCGAUAUAAUUGCUAUUGAAAAACCGUUCUGUGCCGUCCUCCUAGAGGAGUUCACUGUUUCGCAUUGUUUCAACUGUUUGAAGCGCUUGGAGCUUCUGCACCCUUGCCCCACCUGCAGUGCUGUAUCAUUUUGCAGCGAUAGUUGUAAAAAUAUUGCAAUGGACUCGCACCACAAAAUAGAAUGUUCAAUUCUACCUUCCCUGUGGUCAUCUGGCAUGUCCAUAACUUGUUUAAUGGCUCUGCGAAUGAUUUCGCAGAAGAGUCUCAAGUAUUUCAACCAGAUCAAGUCUGAUUUGAACAAGUUGGAUGGAAAUGAAGAUCUCAGCAAAUCGUUCAGUAGUGACGACUAUAGAAGCGUCUACAAUUUGGAAAGAAACUUGGAUCAGCGUUCAGCUGAGGAUUUACUUCAACGUGCCCACAUGGCUGUAUUCUUAUUCAGAACUCUGAAAUCUACGCAGUAUUUCAAUGAAGUAUGACUGCCUCAAAAAUCCUUGUCCAAUGACGAGGGUUACAUAGGAAGUCUUAUUCUGCGCAAUCUACAGUUUUUACAGUUCAACGCUCACGAGGUGUCAGAACUGCAUUUCGUCAAAAACGACCCCGACCAAUCGAAAAGUGUGUUUGUGGGUGGAGCUAUCUACCCCACCCUAUCGCUGUUCAACCACUCGUGUAAUCCUGGUUUUGUGAGAUACUUCAAAGGAACAACAGUGAUCUGUCAGGCGAUCCGCACGACGUACGCAGGGGAAAUGGUGGCCGAGAACUACGGUCCAAUGUUCACGCUCACCGCCAAACAGGAGCGGCAAAAAACGCUGACCACGCAAUACUGGUUCGACUGCCGAUGCAUUGCCUGCGAGGAGGACUGGCCACUAUUUGAGGAGAUGGACGAGACUCGCAUGCGAUUUAAGUGUCUGACUGACGGAUGUCGCAACGUGUUGAAUGUGCCAGUCGACACCAUGAAGUUCAUGGCGCACUGCCCCGUCUGCAACGAGCACACCAACUUGUUCAAGGGCCUCAAAUCGUUGCAGGACACAGACGCGGUAUUCAGAGUAGCACGCACAGUGAUGCUAGCCGGAGACACUGCUAGGGCGUUGGCCAAGUUUGUUGAGCUACUGCGCAUGCUCGAGACAACACUCACCCCGCCAUUCAGGGACUUCCAUCUCUGUCAGCAGGCCAGUCGUACCUGUAUGCUGGCCAAUGGCAACUGUCUAAACAUCAAUACAACCAAUCACAAUUAGGGUUUUUGGAUUGAAUGUCAGUAUUAAAAUGAGUCCUAUUCAAUGUAUCUUCCAUUCACUAAAUAUACUGAUAGAAUGUAUCUUCAUUCAAUGCAUCCAUUGAA